AUGGCUCAUCACCGACGUCAUAUUGGGGCCAGCCGGCGCCAGAGACGAGACGAUGAAGGAGAGGAUGAGGGUUCUCAAGUGGGCGACCUGGAUGACGACUCUCUGAGCGAGGGCUCAGUUGGGACACACCAAGAGGAUGAGGAUGCCGACGUGGAGGGCAGCGAUACUGAAGAUGAGGCACCAACGACGGAAACACGUCAAGUGAACGGCAAGACCAACGGACGAGACAUUCGACCCAGCUCCACAUCACCCACAAAAUCGAUCCUAAAGACCACUGUCUCCGACACCGAAGCUAUGCUAGGUGACCCCAAGGGCUCAGAGGAUUCAGAGGAGACUCAGUUGGACCAACUGGGCCCAAGCAACGAGCUUCAGGCCGGCCGAACACCAUCAGCUCCUCCCACUGAGCCGAAGCGUGAAUCCCUGGCUAUCCGAAAGCGCCGAGACCAUGAGAAGAACACCAAGGAGAGGGAACAGAAUCCUACUUUUGUUCCAACCCGAGGGGAGUUCUUCCUACAUGACAAGCGCUCGACGGAGAAAGGCUCGGGGUCGGGGCCAGGGUCGGGGUCGAACAAUCACCGUGGUUCUAACAAGGGCAAGUCUCGGCCAUAUGGCCUGAUUGUGGAUAGCAAUACUCGCAGGAACUCUUUUAAGGGCGAUGCGAGUGAAGGACAGUGGGCGCAUGACCUCCAUGAAACUGUCGCUGGAGAUGAUCCCCCAGCACCGAAAGAGACAACGACUCUCGCUGGACCUCAACCCGGCACAGCUGUCCCCACUGCUCCCCGAUCCUCUCCACCCAAUCGGUCUUUCUCUAGUACUACCUUGGUCGGAACCGUGCCGGUGGUGGUCUUUUUGCCGGGGAUGAAGGAGCCCAAAUCCUUUCCCGCUGUUCCUAAGAAGCAGCAUACCAGACUACCUCAGCAUCGACCUCCCCUGCGCCGUGACAAGCCAGUGAGAAUCUCUCUCCCGAACCAUUCCCCAAGCUAUAUAUACCCGUCCAUGGAACGAUCGUUCAUCUUCAUUCCGAGAGCCCUCCGCCCGAACCAGAGUUGGCGGGGCCGGGGUCGAGGCGGGGGUGGAGCUCCGGGUAGCAUGUACGGUGGCUCACGACGCCCCAGUUACUUUCCCACUGCGUAUCCUCCAAGUCUUCCCCCCAGUCGCCGGACUUCCCUUGGGAUGUCAUCGCAAGAUGGAUAUCCUUCACCCGCUGGGUCGACUUACUCACGGCCAAGUAUUGGAAAGCCGGUUGUGCGUCUGCCGCCACAACGUCCCAUGUUUCCACCGGGCCCUGUCAUGCCUAUGGGUCCCCCAGGAACCAUGCCACCUAUGAUACCCAUGCAAAAUAUACCUUUCCAACAUCCUCCUUAUCGCGAGAACCGUCAUGUUCCCAUCCCAAUGCAUCAACCUCGUCCGAAGAAGACAGUCUCCGUUGCAGAUAUUGAGAGCCCCGACAACUUCCCGAUCAACCCUCCUCAACCUCAGCACGAGCAACCUUUCCACCAUCAAGUACCGCUUGGUGUCAGUGCUGGUCCUGGUCAUGAGGGGAUUGGACCGAGCUCCAGUCAGCCUUCUGCAACUCCUCUUUCUCAGAUUCCCGAACGUGCGAUCCAUGCACCUUCAUUCCAACCAACUCCUUACUCAGCUGCAUACUAUCCAGGUUAUCCUCCUAAUGGGGGUUACUACCCUCCGUAUGGUCCAUUCAAUGGGCCCAUGGGACCUGGAGUAUCUAUGCCAAAUUUUCCAGGGGGAGUAGCGCCACAACCCAUGGCCUUUCAACCACAUCUGGGACCUUCUGGUGAGCAGCCAUCUCAACCCGGAAUGGUUGCUCAUGAGGCUGGUGGCACCGUUUACUUUUACGAUGCCAAUCAGAUGUACUCUCCCAACUAUGGGAUGCAUGAUGGCCCUGGAGGAGUUGUUGGCAUGGGUGGUAUGAUGACACCACCUACCCCCUUUUAUUACCCUCAGCCCUCAGGGCCGGGAGUAUAUUAUCCCGCACAAUAA